UUGUCAACAAGAAAAGGCCGACUGACACGGUAACGUAACUCGUCUGUUGUCCUAACCUUAACGAAAAAAGAUCGUUGUUUUACGUCUUAACCUGCGUGUUGCGGUUCACCCGGGCGCUCAAACCCCCGGCGUUGUGCCCGGACGCCGUCUCUUGCGGUGCCGCCGCGCAGCAACGGCGUCUGAGGCGGAAAGCAGAAGUCGGGACGUUAGCCGUUAGCCGUUAGCUGUCAGCCGUUAGCCGUUAGCUUUCAGCCGUUAGCCGUUAGGUCGCUAGGAGAAAGCUACUGGCUGUUAAAGCGCCUGUGAGGGAGGAAGGUGAGCAGCUGCUCCCUUUUCCCCUUCAAAAGCCAAACUAUCUCGCAACCUUAUCUCGGGGGACGUGAUCUCGACUUGUAGGGGAUAAAACGGAGGUUGUUAAUCGAUCGGAGUUCAAGAGCCUGCGGGUUUUUUUUUUUUUUACUUCACCGGGAAUACGAGGAAUAAGUAAAGUAAAAAGUGUUUUUGUUUUUGAUCACGGAAACGAGAGCGUUUGUGGCGUCAUUGUCGAGCAGAUUAUGGGAAGGAAAUGCUUUUGCAGGUGAAGUCUUCCUGAACAAAACCUCUUAAAAUGAAGCUUCUUUGACGAUAAUUUAUUUUUUUAAAAACUCCCUUUUUAAGUCUUCAGUUUUUUAAAAAAAAACAAUCAUUUCCAGCGUUUUAGAGGAGAAGCAUUACCACGAUGACUUACAACUUCUGUGCCCUGCUAGUUUUCACAAUAACAGCCUGCAUCUGUUUCGAGCCCGCCCUCUGUGCUGUCCGCUGUGUGCAUCCCGUCCAAGUCUUAGAGAGUAAAGUGGGACAGAUCAGGAGUUCUGCCUACCACAGCUGGUCCUACCGCUUCGGCUCGAUCUAUGACUGCUGGAUCAUCAAGAGUUCGGAAGGAGAACGUGUUGUUCUCAGCUUCUCACAGUUCUCAGCACGGUGUAGGAAGGAAUGGGUGUCUAUAAAAUCAUCAGCUGGCGGUGAGCCGAUUGUCCUUUGUGGAUCCAAGUUGCCCCAACCAUUCGAGCUCCCUGGAGGAAACAUUACAGUGACACACCACUUCCUCCCACAUCUGUUUCCUGUGUCGUCUUUUCUGUUAAACUUUGCCAGAGACUCUGGUGAAUGCCCAGUAACAUCCUUUCAGUGCCCCGGGGGCCGCUGCCUUCCUCUCUCUUGGCGCUGUAACGGUCAGGUGGAGUGUCUCGAUGGAGGUGCUGACUUCGGGUCCGAUGAACAGGGCUGCGAUACAGACGUGGAACCCACAGAAGCCCCAAAGUAUGGCAGCACAGAGGAAGAACAGACCAAAGCGGAGACGUACACGGAGGAGGACGAUGAUAGGAACGUGGUGAGACGUAAGGUUGUAGAUAAGACACCCGAGGGAGAUUCUGAUGCUGAUCUUUGGGCGCUGCUGAAGGACAGGGAGGAGGAGGAGGCCCAGGUGGAUCGAGAGCAGCCUCAGACUCGCAGGGAGCUCGCCGUGACACCCACUCCCAUCGAGUGGCCCUGCGGAGGGCUCCACCAGACCUUCUAUGGGACCUUCUCCCCUCCAGCCUCCCGGGGGCCUGCGCUGUUCUGUGUCUGGACUCUGGACCCUCAGGACCCGAGGCCACUGAGACUGGACCUGCAGCAGCUGUUUCUGGGGCCCGGGGAUAAACUCACUGUGUACAACAGAGAGCAAGGCAACGGAGACAUUAUUAAAAUUAUCACCAGCACCUCCAAUUACAAGUCAGUCCAAGUUGAAUCCCACACCGGCCUGCUGUCCAUGACGUAUGAGACUCUUCCUGGCUCCGAGGGCAAAGGCUUCAACGCCACCUUCCACGUCGGGACCUACUGCCCCCCCUGGGAGGGCCGGUGUGGGGGAGCAGCAGGAGGUUGCUUCACCCAGGAGCAGCGCUGCGACGGGAAAUGGGACUGUCCGGAGACGGGGAAGGACGAGGAGGGCUGCCGGGGCUGCAGUCCGAACCAGUUUGCGUGCGGUGUUGCGGGGCAGAGAACGGUGGCGUCUAAUCACUUCGCCGGCCGACCGGUGUGUUACCCGGUCACGGAGAGAUGCAACUACCAGCUGUACUGUGCCGACGGCAGCGACGAGAGGGACUGCACCGUGUGUCAGCCGGGGACCUUUCAUUGUGACAGCGACAGGUGUGUGUUUGAGAGCUGGCGCUGCGACGGCCAGGUAGACUGUAAGGACGCAACGGACGAGCUCAACUGCACCGUCAUCCUGCCCCGCAAGGUCAUCACUGCAGCAACGGUCGGCAGCCUGGUCUGUGGGCUUCUGCUGGUCAUCGCCAUGGGCUGCACCUGUAAACUGUACUCGCUCCGGACCAGAGAGUACAGCUUGUUCGCACCAAUUAGCCGCCAGGAAGCGGAGCUGAUCCAGCAGCAGGCUCCUCCCUCUUACGGUCAGCUGAUUGCCCAGGGCAUCAUCCCCCCAGUGGAGGACUUCCCCACAGAAAACCCCAAUGAG